AUGAACGGUUCUCUCCGGUUGAUGGUCGUUUUAUCGGUGAUCGCAGCUGAGGCAGGGACAUCGAUGAGUGUGAGGUCGUUUGAAGAAUUGACUUCAGUUUCGAUUUCCGACGAUGGGCUCGUCUCGACGAGGAUGCGCCCAAACUAUAACGUGGUCACGGGGUAUCCGACCAAAACUUCAGACUGGCAACGCUCGUACUUCUACGUGAAGUCGAACAGAUCAGCAUUCGAAGAGCCUCCGAAGUCUGGUUACCGCGUUCUCUGGAAUGCAGAGAUGGUUGGUCACCCGAAUCUCGCUACGUACCCCGAGAAUUGGAAGGAGAGUGCUCGGAUUGUCGCGUUGCAGAGGCAAGAUCACUGGGAGGAUUUUACUCGGGAGAGAAUUCAAAGAUCUGUAGAGCGGAUUGCGAGUCAGCAUUGGAUUUCGGAUUCGCUUCCUCUCAUCAAUCGAUCGACUUCGAAACGGUUGUCUCUUUUUACACGAGCCGAGCAAAAGGAAAUCAAUCAGGCCCGAACAAUGAAGCAACUGCCCGAUCUUAGUCUUAUUGCGGCGGGGAAGAUAGGUGCCAAAAAGGGUACUGACGGCUCUGCAGGAGUCGAGAUUACGGACACUGUCCCCGUUACCGCCGAGCGGGCGCCUACUGGUGGCUCUUCUCAGGGAAAAGCCUCGAAGAAGAAGAAGAGCAAGGAGACUCGGAAAGAGUCCAAUGAGAUAGGUCAAACCGAUCUGGAUAACUCCUUUAAGAAGGGUAGUAAGAAGAGGAAAGCCGCGGAACCACCUGCGGAAGACGUUCCCAGGAAGAAGAAAACGAAGAAGCAAGAUUUCUCCGUGCCCCGACCAUCUUCGGUUUGCGAGGAGGAACUCCAAGCUUUGGUCCCUGACGCUACUCCCGAGGUUGAGACCUCGGAUGAUGAUGAAAACGAGACCAUCGCUUUGCGUCGGAGAAGACGAGAGGGCCCUCAGCAAAAUCGCGGAGCCUUAGUGGGUGAUCAGGGUCUCUCGGAGACUUCGAAGGGGUUGCCAGCUUCUGAAAGACCGCGAGUCCCUCUGAGGGGCGAUUCUUCGGCUCACAUCACGGAAGGUUCUGAGACCCGUGUGUCCGGCCGUCCCAAGGAAACCCCGGAGGAUGGGUUCAAGUUCGAGUUCAACCGAGAGCUCCCGCUGGCCUGUUACCCGGAGGAUUGCGCUCGUUUCAUACGGCUAGUCAAAGGCGGUCCCGAUCUGCUUCCUUCAGUGGGGGACCUCAUCUUCAAAGAUGAAUAUGAACAUGCUUCUUGCUCGUCAGUAAAGAGUCACGGCGACUGGAAUGUUCUGGUUGGGAAGUAUGAUUCAGCCCUCAGGCGGGCUAGAGAGCAGAUCCGUGAGAGCGAAGAAUCCAAGAAGAAAGCGGAGGAGGCUCUUCGGGUGUCUUCGCGGGAAAAGGCUGAAGCCAUUGCUCGGGAGAAAUCUCUCAGGAAAGCGUUUGACGAGACGCGAACAUCUGACGCGGCUGAACUGCAGAUGUGUAAGGAGGCGAUGAACAAUCUCGAGUUCGUUGUGGAUAAGCAGCGGAAGGAAAAGGCUGAUCUAGAGGCAAAAAUGGCUGCGGAAUUGCUAAGGCAUUCCGAGGAGAUGGACAGGCUUCGGAAAUCUCGUAAAUACGAGGUCACGCACGAGAGGAUUCGCGUGCUGAUUGCCAUGAUCGCUAAAGCCGAGAAACGCUUUCACAGGAUUUCCCUUCGUGAGGACAAAAGGGACAAAUACGACGAUGCUCGGUGUCUCUAUAGCCAAGCCUUUGGAACAAGGAAAUGUCUCGAGCAGAUUAAGGCCUCAGGUGUCGAGAUCCCGCAGGAAACCAUCGAUUUCUUCGCUGGGCAAGAGAGGCAUUACGAAGAGGAAGCAGAACGCUUGGAAGUAAAGGAAAUUCCAGCAGAAGAUCUUCGCCUCUCCCCAUUAGUGUUGGAGUCUCGGUUCCUGAUCGAAGAGAUUUGGCGUCAGCUCGACCCAUUUGGAUCGAACAUUGGUUUGAUCGAUUCAGAGGCUGCCAUUGCCCUUCGCACUCCCCUCGCCGACCGAGAUCCCCGAUCUGCAGAUCCGACGGAGAAGCCCGCUCAGACGGCCGCAUCUUCCAACCAGCACACCGACCAAGGUGUCGACCCGACGGAGCGAACAUCAGUGGGACCGGUUGUUCAGAAGGACGGGGCCGUGCCUACCAUCGUGCUGACUGAUUCCUCUGCGAAGGCAUCGAAGAAUGCCAGCUCGUCGGCUUCCUCGUCGGAAGACCCGGGGAAGGGAGACGACCUUCCAACUGAGACGCCAGCUGCGAAUGUUACCGAGUCAAUCCCAACAAAGUUUGGCCGCGUCUCGGGUCCCGGAGAGGGUGACGGCAGUGGCGACAAGGAUCCUCCUGUGGUCGAUUAA